AUGCCUGUUAAAGAAGUAUCCGAUGGCGGUUUAAAAACAGAAUUAGAACGAGCAGGAGAUAAAUUAGUACUUGUUGAUUUCUUUGCAACAUGGUGCGGUCCAUGUAGAAUGGUUGCGCCAGCUAUUGAAAAAUUGAGCAGUUCACAUCCGAAUGCUGUUUUUCUUAAAGUUGAUGUUGAUAAAUGUCAAACAGAAGCUCAAGAAUAUGAAAUUUCAGCAAUGCCAACAUUUGUAUUUAUUCGUAGUACAAAAGAACUCGAACGUAUUCGUGGUGCUGAUACACAAGCUAUUGAAGCAGCACUUGCAAAAUAUUAUAAAGAAAAAUUAGCAUUUGCAGGUGAAGGUCAUUCAAUGUUAGAUGCAACACCUGCAAAUGCUUCAUCAACAAUGACUGAAUCCGAUCGUCAUAAACUUGAACAAGCAGCUCAAGAACGUUUUGGUAAUGUUGUAGGACAAACUAUGACCACAAUUCGUCUUCGUUUACCGGACAUAUCAAGUCCUGUUAAUAUUCGAUUAAGUAUGGAUCAAACAUUAAAUGAUAUUCGUCAUUUACUUUGUAAUGCAAUAACAUUAUUUGAAACAACACCAUUUGAAUUUAUAGUAUCGCCAGCAACGAAAAUAACUUUAGAAGAGGAAAAUAAAACAAUAAAUGAAGCAAAAUUAAUGAAUGCUGUGAUAACAAUAAAAAAACUUCCAUUUUAA